AUGUGCGUCCACCGGAUUUGUCUGUUCAUUCGCAUCAUUAACCUUCUCUUUUCCCCAACUUUCAGUAGAGUUGGAUUUCUUGCACCAUGGUUAACCCCCUACCAGAGACCUCCACCAAAGAUUCCCUCUCAGAAAAUUGUAGGGCGAUGGGAGCAGGGGGCUACCAACCCUACCUGCCUCACUUUCGAUGAGCGCCAACAGAUUCUAAAACGGUACCCGUACGGAAGAUGCGAAGACUUCUGCAAGGCACAUACUGGAUUAACAAUCGAAGAACUUGUUCAAAAAGCUGCAAGAACAGAUAAUUUAAGCCGUCUUGAAACGAAUAUUAUCCUCUGGGGCCCAUCUUAUCUGAUGGACAACAGUGACCCUGAUGCAAUAGAGGCAAGAGAUGUGAUUCGUUGGCCGGUAAAUGUACGAGACACGUACAUUGCCGUGAAGGAAGCUAUUUUGACCGAUAUUGAGAAGAAAGCCCGGGCAAAUGCAAACAAAUCCUAUGAUCGGCAUAAGGAGUUGGACCGAGUGGCCCGGGAUAGAAUCUCCCUGGAUGAUCUCAACAAUAUCCGAAUAUCCAACAAUAUUCCCUGGAUGACUCGUGGGGGUAACCAGCUCCAACAGCAUUGGGGCUUUGUCUGUAUUCGAACCUCAUUUCAUGAUGAUUCCGCCUGGCGCCAUUUCCAAUAUCAAUUUCGGGAGGCUAUUGAUCUAGGUCUGACUUUUGUUCAAAAUCAUAAGGACAAAUUUUGGACUCCAGAUAGUUUAAAGCAGCGAUGGAAGAUCCAGUGGGCUGAGGAUCCAGUGAACGAGAAUGCGGUACUUGAGGAUAUCUGCGGCUAUUUCCGGAAAUUUCGUGAUGAAGGUAAGAUAGAACCAGGACUCCGGCAGGAUACCUUUUUCUAUGUUGAUGCCGCUGCUAUCCAAUCCUCUCUCGAUCAUUGUCCCCUCCCUGCAAGAGGCUAUGUUCUUGCCGCGGACGCCUUCCAUGACGCUACAAAGCUGCCAACCUACCUGUAUGGUUUUAAGGGUUCAGUCCGCGUUGCACUUACGGGAGCUUUUACUACCUUUCAUGCUCGCUUGAUACCAAGAGGUAGUCCUAAGGAUGACCCGACAGCGGAGCAUAAUUUGCGCCAGAGCUGGGAGGUUAUUUAUAAACGGGCAAAAUUUGAUCAAUCGCAGAAUGCGUACCCUCCUCCAUCAGCUGUAAACCGGGGCUGGUAUCAUUCAGGACUGGAUAAUACUAUCCUGAAUAAAUAA